UGGGUCAACACAUUCCUAGUGUAGCAGCAGUCAGUUGAACCAGUGUUCUCGCCUAUACCCUCUCACAGCAGGCAGUCAUGAAAGUCUUGUCGCUGAUGUUGGUGUUGGUGGUGGCCCUGGCCGCCCUGAUGGGGUCAGCCCGAGCUAUGCCUGACCCCUACGCCCUGGCCGACGCUGACCCCGCGGCUGACCCACACUUCCGUCGCCGCUUCGGAUAUGGAGGUUUUGGUGGCUUCGGCGGCUAUGGCGGCUUUGGCGGCUUUGGUGGUGGAUUUUAUCCCUAUGGUGGUUAUGGUGGUGGAUUCUGGGGUUAAAGUUACACUUCAACCACUCGCAUGUGAAGGAUUCUAACUGAAAAACGACUUUCAUAAAUUUUGACAGUCUAAUACACCUACAAGAAUUUUGCCCUCGUAGAAACUAACAACCAAGAUUAUUUCAUUUGGAGACUUCGAUGUAGAUGUUUAAUGCACUUGAGGUCAGCUUCGAGUGCCACUCCAACAUCUCAGCAUCUCUAACACCCUGCACCUGUAGCCUAAGCUAACAUGGUCUUUGGCCUGUCGUAUCUCUCACCUCCAAGACUCAGACAGCUCUACAGUGGCUGUUUUUUAAUGGCACAAGAAUCUGUACAUUACUUAACAAAAUAUAUAUAUAUAUUAUAAAA